GCAAAAGCCCAUCAGUGCAGGCGCCCAUGAACAGGCCUGAAGAUUACUGAAAAAAGGGCAGGGGUGUUAUCGCCUUAUCGGAAGAACAGUUGCAGUGAAUCAAAGAGGAAUUUGGAAAAAGGUAUCGAGCCAUGGCAAAUCGCAAGGCUCCAAUCGCUGCCGCAAUCCUCUGCCUCUGCCUUGUUCGAGCGCAGUGCGACGCGGCGGCCUCAGCCGGUCCGUCACCGGAGCAGGAACAGGAAAUUCAGAUGCUCAAGUCCAAGGUCGCAUCCUUAGAACUAAGUUCUUUGGCUUUAGAGGAUGAGAUUAGCAGGAGGAAGGAGGAGACCUCUCAGCUGGAGAGAGUUGUCAGAGAGAGGACGGCACAGAUGGCAGCACUAGUAGGCGAACUAGAACUUCUGCAGAAGGUAAACGUGGCUGAUGAUGAGUCGGUGAUGAAGGCAAACACGAAUGUUGAUGUGCUGGAAAAGCAGAUUGGGAGAUUGGGUAGUGAUUUGGAAGACCAGGUUAGGAAAGGAGAAUCAUUAGAAGCCCGAGCUACUGAAGCAGAAAAAAACUGGCACGAAUUUAGCCACAAGUUGGAGCAUGCAGAGUAUAUUAAUGUUGAGCAGAGGAAAAAAAUUCAGGACCUCGGUGACAGACUUCAGAGUGCACAGUUUUCUCAGGAUAAACUUUCUGAACUGGAAAAGGAAGCAAAACUGAAUAAUGAAGAGUUGGCAAAGGUUCAUGGUAUGUGGCUUCCUCAUUGGCUUGCAGCACGUGUCGGGCGCUGUCAGGAAGUAGCAUCUGCCAAAUGGCAGGUCCAUGGGAAACCUGUGCUUGGUCCUCUGAUGCAUAAGGUUGCUGAGAAAUCGACAUAUGCUCAGCGACUAGUGGAGCCACACUUGCAGAAGGCACGAAAUAAUUGGGUUCCUAUCGCCAAAAGGCAUCUCACUUCACUGAGGAAUACUACCACGGUAUACACAUCGGCAGUAUACAGAGUUUGUAGAGAUGCUAUCCAACCAUGUAUAGUCAAGGCACAAGAAUUUGCCGGACACUAUUGGCAGGAAUACAAGACGUUCUCCCAACCAUACAUCAGCCGUAUCGUCACCUUGUCUGAACCUCAUCUGUCCAGGGCAAGCGUGGCUCUCGAACCUUACAUGAAGCCUGUGACAUCCGGUUGGAGAAGCCUCGUUUCGUUAGCGAGCGAGUACCAUCAUGGCAGCAGCCGCAAGAACAAGCGCAGAGUCGACAAGUAGCGAACCACGUAAGGUGCGUUUCUUGUGAAAGCUGACGACCCCGAACAGUGGAAGCUUCCUUCCGGGACAUCGCCGACCUGCCGGCCGCCGAAGCGUAGAACGGCGCGGCAACCCCUUCAGAUGCCGGCAAUUCUGAAUAUCUCGACGGACACGAACGAACCUGCUGCAUACACGACAUAUUUGCAUGUGUUUUUUUUCCUCCGGUGUACAGUAUGUAUCAGUUUCCUUUUUUCCGAGUUCCGAGUUGGCA